AUUGCAACUGACUCUGACGCUCGUUUGAUGACAGCAAGGGAAAACAGUUUUUAUUGUGUUUUUUGCCGCUCUCGUUGCUCCACAAUGUAACUCGAAGAGAUCGAUGGUUUUGUGUAAUAUGUGAAGAAAAGUUAGCCUCUGGCGGUCAAAUCAUCCAAAAACCAAAAAAUGGGCAACAACGGAAAUCUGUCCAAGGCGGAGCUGUUCAUACAGAACCUUAAUGCCAACAAUGCCAAGAAGCUGGCCUUUGCCAUGGUGCUCGGGUUCGUAGUGUAUCACGCCUUUCUGCAUCUGCGUUACGGUUCUGACUCGUGCAAAUGGCUGCUCAGUGCUGGGCGGUUCAAGGGAGACAAGGAAUGGCAGCCGUACGGAUGCAUGCUGCACAAGUACACAGAAACUGACACCCGCAAAUGUCUGCGCUAUCUUGCCUUCUGGGGCAAUCAGAACCAUUUCGUGCUCAUCGGGGACGAACGGCUUCGGUCACUUUCGCUGGAGUUUAUCGACUACCUCCGAUCGAGCGAAACGGAAAACAAUUCCAAACACAGCUCCACGAAAAACACGGAGGAUCUUCUAUUUACCGACUACAAGCUGCGGCUCCGGGUGGAGUACAUCUACGCGAACGAGGUUUCGAAAAGCUUGAUUGACGAGUUCAUCAAAUGGGAGCAUGAGGAAGACCCGCCCAGUCUGAUCAUCGCCAGCUGCACCUAUCCCAGCUUUCAGCGCGGCAACGUGACGGAAGAGAUACAGAAGGCGUACGAAAAGAAUCUGACGCGCUUAGUUACGCCGAUCGAUCGGUUGUACGGGAAGAAGACGAAAAUUAUCUGGAAACUCCAGGAUCCGGUCGAUCAGGAAAGCUCCACCGAGGAGUGGAAAAACGUGCGCAAUGAGGAUGUCGAUCGGAUUAACCAGGCGGCGAGCAGUAUUCUGCGCUAUUCGGAGGCGAAGAUCUGGUCCUCCUCGAACAUGAUCGCAUCCGGGCUGGUGGACGAGUUUGCCGACGGGCAGCAGCUGAGUUCGCUGACACUGAAGCACGACGUGCAGAUUUUGCUCAACAUGUACUGUAACGAUUACAUGAACUACAACGACGGAACGUGCUGCAGCAGCGCCGAACCGUACACAAUCAUACAGGUCACGACCUAUGCCUUUUUGGCUGUGUGUGCCAGCAUUGCGACCGCCAUGUACGUCCGCAAGUGGAUUGUUAAGUGGCGCGGCGGACACGCCUACAUGCCGCUGAAUCAACCCGUCGAAACGCAGUCCCCGAUAGCGGCGCUAGCGUCGCUGGCAAUCAUCAUGACGUACUUUUACCUCUGCGAUCGCACCAACUUUUUCAUGAAGGAAAACAAGUAUUACUCCGAGUUUAGCUUCUGGAUCCCGGUCGGGUAUGUGUUCGCGCUCGGGCUAUUUUUUACCGAAGACAGCAAACUGACCAAGGUGCUGCACCGGGACCAGACGGACGAGCUAAAGGGCUGGAUGCAGAUCGUUAUCCUGAUCUACUACAUGACCGGUGCGUCCCACAUCCUGCCGAUCUACAUGCACAUCAAGGUGCUGAUCAGUGGGUUUCUGUUUUUGUCCGGGUACGCACACUUCACCUACUGGUGGCAGACGGGCAAUGCGGGGCUGGUGCGCUUCCUGAACGUCAUGUUCCGCAUGAACUUUCUCACCGUCAUCCUGUGCCUGUGCAUGAACCGUCCGUAUCAGUUUUACUUUUUCGUACCACUGCUUUCGUUCUGGUACAGCAUCAUGUACUUAAUGCUAUCGCUGCCGCCCCGCAUCACCGCCCAAAGCACGGAAGCAAAUCCGUACCAGUAUCUGUACGUGGUGAUCAAGUUCGUUACGAUGCUGGCCACCGUCACCGUGCUAUACAUGAGUGAGGUGUUUUUCGAGCGCAUCUUCGUUACCCGGCCCUGGAAAGCACUGUUUGUGACGACGGACGACGACAUCCACGAGUGGUGGUACCGCUGGAAGCUGGACCGGUACACCAUCACGUACGGGAUGAUCUUUGCGGCGAUCUUUCAAAUCUCCCAACGGUUCGCCGUGGUGGAUGACAACAAUCAUGGCAAUUUGUUUUCGAAACGAAUCUCGCUAACGUCCACGCUGGCCGCCAUCACCGGCAUCGGGUGCUACAUGACGUGGACGUUCUUCUGCCGCAACCGGCAGGACUGUGAGGAGGUGCACUCGUACGUGGUGUUUAUCCCAAUCGUGGGGUACAUUCUGCUGCGCAACAUUUCCGGCAUACUGCGCACCCGCUACUCGACGUUUUUCGCCUGGUUUGGCAAGAUCUCGCUCGAGCUGUUCCUCUGCCAGUACCACAUCUGGCUGGCGGCGGACCGGAACGGGGUGCUGGUGCUGCUGCCCGGCUUUCCCACGCUGAACGUGUUGAUAACGUCGUUCAUUUUCGUGUGCGUAUCGCACGAGAUUCAUCGCGUUACGAGCGUGCUGCUGCCGUACGCGGUACCGAACGACUGGAAGCUAGCGCUAAGGAAUAUUGUGUUCUUCGUGAUACUGCUCAUACCGUUGGGCCGGUAUGACGGCAUGUUUUGAGUGGAGUGGGUAUGGAAUUGCGCAAUCCCACUCCAACGUUCCCACACCGCACACCGCACACCAAAUGAACUUACCCCGUCGUGUAUAGCCGGUGGUUUAUGAAGCUUAUAAUGGAAAUAAAACCAAACGCUUGAUUGAGAUAUGGUAA